ACAGAAACGAUUGAUUAUGGACAUAUGAUUAACUUUCUUCUAGAUCCCCUAUGAGAUCACCCGUGCCGAGAUCAUCGCUUUCUUGGGCCGCAGCGCUCGCAUCCUCAACGACAAGGAGGAGCCUGUCCAUAUUAUCAUGGACCGCGUUACCAGCAAGACUAAUGACUGUUAUGUCGAGUUCGUGUCGUUCCAAGAUGCCGUGAACGCUGUAGACAAACACCGAGCCGCCAUCAAGCAGGAACGCCACCCUAAACUUGGUGAUCGCAAUGUGGAGAUGACAGUUGCCUCUCAGGCGAAGCUCAUGAAGGAGCUCUUCCCCACCGCCCAUGGGAUUGACUGGCACGAAUCCCCGUAUGCAUUCACAUUUGGUUCUGAGUAUGACUUUGAAAACUUCAAAGGAUUUGUCUGUGCAGAAGAGAUGGGUAUGCUCUACAAGCAUGCUGAGGCCAACUCCCACGCCUCGUAUGCGAAAGGUUGUCCCGAACGACCAUUCGAGUGCAUGAUUAGCACUCUAAAGAAGAUGCCGUGGUACCUAACCGAGCGUAUCACCAUCAAGGAGCGCCAUUAUAUCUAUGAUACGACAUUCAAGAUGGUUCAUUACUUGAAGGAACUUCUUGAGAGAGGCACGAUGCGCCGCGGCCAAAAGCCCGACUUCAAUCGCCUCACCAAACAGCUUCUUAACCGACUUGUGAAGGCUGCUAUGCUUUGCCCCGGCUUCACCGUGAGCCAGAAGGACAACAUUGCGUACACGGCCAACCUAUCCGAGCUUGACUUGCGCGAUUACAACCAACCUCGUUUUGCUGAGCGCUGGUGCCACCAGUACGCCCUUGGCGUCAAACCCGGUGUCCCUCUGGAUGUCGUCGAGUACUACAUCGCUUUAAUCAGCACCGAGACUUCUCGAGUUGUGGAUAACCUUAGCGUCAGCCGAAAGCGCGCCCUGAAGCUCGAGCAAAGCAAGACCUCUGAUUACUGGGGCUUCUUCUGGUGCGAGAUUGGUUUGCCGUCAGGUCCAGCGUUUGAUAGCAUGACGCUAUCUGACGUUGCUGCGCUAGAGUGGGACGCGAUUGAAAGAAUCAUCCGUCGUGCUAUCACGGGAGGACAGCUGCCCUCCUACUAGAGCGGGAUGGCCAUCUAGACCUUGGGCUAUUCAGUUGCAUAGACUCGGGGUAGUCACCACCAACUUUGCUUUUGCUAUGACGACAAUAACGAUCGUCACCAACGGGAUAACAAAUACAACCUCGUUUGAUCUCUAGAAGGCCAUUUGCUA